UGAUCCUGGACGCUAUAAUCUACCGUCAUGGAUAUAAUUGGGGCCAUUACCCUCACCGGGGGAAAGGUUUCGCCAUCGUUAGUGCGGCCCGGUCUGGUUUGCAUUGCGAAGCCCUUGAUAUAUAAGAGUGGUCAAAGUUUCUUUGCAGACCGGCCUCCCACUCUUUCAAAUCUCUCUCUUUUGUGUCAGGUCAGACCUUAUCGUACUUUGUCUGUGAAGUUAUUCUUGAAGGGCCAUGAAUAACUCCAUAUGCGCUGGGGUUGCGUUUGCAUUUCUUUUCCUUAUCAUUUCGAAGUUCCGAACGAGCCUGUUCUCAAAAUGGACGUCUAAGCCAUGCACAGAGGUGAACUGCAAUGACCUCAAGCCAUAUCCAGCCCAGCCCAUCAAGGGCCGGGAGCGGUACCGAGUGAUGAUGGAUGUCCGAAGGUUGGACGUGGCAAAUUGGCUCACUGUCGACAAUAAUUACAUGGCCGAGCAUGUCGUCCGGGGCCAAUUACUGGAGAAAGAGAAGAGCAAAGUCUUGCAAUGCCUUCCAGAGUCAUACGACGCGUGCAUGGAAGCACUGGAAGAGGUGGUUGACUUUCUUUGCCAACGGUUCUCGACUGUAUUCGAACGAAAGAAGUCUGGCGACGAGUGGACUAUUCACAAUAAGAUGACGGGUGAGACGUUUGUCUUUGGUGGACAGAACAAGGAAGUCGAUCCGCUCGAGGUUGCUGUGAGGUUGACAAUGGAGGACCUGAGUAUCCUGAUGAAGAAUGAGGAUGAUGAAUACUACCUAGCCGCCAGCGCAAGUCUUUUCCCUGUGGGCUGGACAGUGCAGGAACGUAUCGGAUGGACGAUCUCUAGGCUUCACAAUCCUGUACCUUUGUGGCACCAGCAAGUCGCCAAUUCGGUCAGCAAAUUCCUGGCUCGUCUGACUCCCGAGUCACCAAUGGAGAGGUCCAACUACUUUGUUGAGGUGAAGCGACCAGACGAAGAACUAUUCGAUAUCCUCUACCGUCCGACCUCAUUGUCCGAAGACAAUCCAGAUCCAUCACCGCAGGAUAUUGUGAUUCGACGUGAGCGUCAGACCUUCCGUCGGUUGCCGCGAACGGGGGCGAUUGUAUUUGGUGUCAAGACCUUUCUGACAACCUUGGAGGAACUGCCGAUGCAGGAGUUGCAGAAUCUAGCGAAGGAGAUCAAGAGUUGGCCCGAGUAUGUGGGAGAAUACAAAGGCCGCGAAGUCUGGGGACCCAAAGCACUCGAGUUCUGUGAGAAGAAAACUCGGAUGAUGGAGAAGCAGGAAGUCUAAUUAAUGAGGAAGCUGAAACGGAGAAAGGAGGGAAUGAAGGAAGGAUGGAACCAGCAUUGGUGGUAUUUUGCCUUUUGCGUUUCGCAUCCCUUCAUUGCAUUUGGCCAGCAAAAUCGCGAGGGCGGAUGUCUGAUGAUUGCUUGCAAAAGUCACUGUCCUUAGCAUAGCACCUGUACUUUUGAGCCUGUUUUGUCUGCUUUCCCUCUAUAUUGUUUCGAUAUCUGUUGGUCGGCUGGUCUGCUUGUUUUCUGUUAUUGGUUUCAAGGUGGUUCUACUCAUUGGCAUGGUAGAGACUGGGUGGAUUUGUAUGAUUUAUGACUGUUAUAUCACUGAACUUGUAUGAGGAUGAAAUGAAGUAUUUAUG